AUGCGCGACCUUCCCGGAUCUUCGGAGACCUUCGGAAAAUCCAUGUCUGGAUGUAUGCGAGACCGAGUCGAGAUGAGUACGAACGGAUACCCGAAAGCGCAAGUCCAGUCCAAACGGCGCAGAUAUCGCAUCCCUCGUAGUUGUGAUCGAUGUAGGCUCAGUAAAGUGAAGUGCGUCUUUGAAAAUGACCGCUGCAACAAUUGCGCCAGGCUUGAUGUGUCGUGCACGUUUGCAAACCCAGGCAGUCUGCAGGAGAGACCACCGACAGUCAAGGAUGUCCAGCAGCUUACAGCUCGCAUAAGAUCCUUGGAGCGACUCAUCCAUGCGGUGGACCCCACGCUUGACCUCAACACAUUGCCUAACCCCAACCGGCUCGUUUCGCACUCCCAUGGCGCGCCCGAGCUUCCCAGUCAACCGCCCGUCGCCCUCGCAUCUCCAUCGGAACCUGGUCCCGCUCAAACUAGUGGCACAAGAUGGCUACCAAUCUCUGCUUCGGCCGUUCUCGUCAAUGAGUGCAUGGCAUGCGAAU